AUGGCUGAUGUUCCGAACUGUUGUCCAUUUAUUUUGGAUCUUAUCGGUGUUAUUCCUGUGUAUGAAGUUUUAAAGGCUUUACUAUCGGCGGAUAUUGAUGAUGAUACAAGCUUCCUAAUAAAUACUGUGUGCAAAUUUGCGCAUAUUUACAUUUUAUUUGCGUAUUUUCAAUAUAUUAGUGAUCUUCCGACGGUGAACGGCACUUUGAUUAAUAUAGUAAAAUGGCAAUUAGUGAACAGUCUUCUAGUACUAGGUGCAAGUCAUUAUUUCAUGGUUGUUUGUGUAAAAUACGAAUUUAAUGAAAGAAAUAUGGAAUUGCUUUCUGUCACUCUUCGUGAUACUUGCUGGAUGCCCGAUGUUAUGACGAUGCCUUUCAAUUUGAGUUGGAAUGAUUUGCAUUUGAUAUUCGCAGAAAGUUUGAGUCUUGCUGAAAAUGGUAUGAUGGGAUUCAAUUAUGGAAGAUUCCUAGUUGACAACAGAAAUAUAGGAGUUGGACUCUGUUUAUUCGUGAUCGGGUUUAUAUUUUGGUUCAUAUCAUGUCACGCUUUGACCCUCUUAGUGUUGGACGCACGUGGAGACUUUUUAUUUCAACAUGCCGUUAACCAACUCGACAGGUUUCUUACAUCUGAAAGAGUUGAUGAAACCAUUAUCCAGAAAGCUAUGCAACAUUUUAGAUAUUGUUGGGUAAGAACAAAGGGCAUUCAUAUGAAUAAACUAACAAAUGAAGGCAUUGGUGUUGUGUUUCGACAGGACCUAAACUACUUCUUCUAUAAAAAGACCUUCAGUAUUUUGGAUACUAUAAUCAAAGGCGGUGAGGCGAUGCAGAGACAGUUGGCUAGCGUCAGUACACAAGCGUUCUUCCUAGGAGGACAUGACAUUAUCAGGGAAAACGAUCUCGUAACUUACUUGUGUGUUGUACAUCGUGGGAAAGUCAUAUUAACAAAGAAGAAUAGGAAACUGAUUGUUCUUACAAAGGGUGAUAUAUUUGGUCAGCUACUAGGCACAAGGAAGCGACCUAUACGUGUGACGGCAACGGCUGAAGACAAAGUCGAUGUUCUGUAUAUUGAGAUAGACGCGUUUCAAAGCAUUAUCACUGAGGAGGUGCGACGUACAAUUAUGCGGAAUCCGCAACAAAAGAACGAUUUUCUGGCUACAAAGUACGUAACUCUUGAGAAUCCAUAUGACACAGUUAAAUACCUUUUACGCGGACGGAAGACGAUUAAACUACCGUGGAACGAUUUCCCAAUCGAAGUUAACAGUAGCACAUGGUACUCACAUUUCUUGCACCUCACUUGGUUUGUCGGCCCCUUCAUCACCACCGUUUGUGUCAAUUCGUUCGUCGUCCUACCAACUGGACACAACUUUGAGUACAGAGUUUAUAUUAUACUCUUUAUAUGCGACGUGAUUCAUCUGGCGAACUUCAUUGCUGAUUUUUAUUCCAUCGAGUUAGUUGUAGUACAAAAUAAAUGUCAACAUCAGAGAGUUGGUUGGAAGAAACUGAAAGACUGGGCCCUGUAUCUGGACCUACUCAGUUUUUUGAUUCCACUUGGUACAGUCUUCCACAAUGAUUGGAGAUACCAGUACGCGAGGAUGUUGCGGUUGAAAUAUUUCUUCGACUACGAAUAUCAUUUCUGUAGAGGUUUCAAGAGGAGCAUGGCGCCAAUACUUUUGAAAAUAGCGAUCUUGGUUUUGGUCAUCCAUUGCUUCACUUGUGGUUGGGUGUAUAUCGCUUGCAGACGGAAGGGUAAAUUUCCCAUUCCUAUCAGGGAUAUGCGUGAUAUGGUUCGCACUAUUGAUUUUAGUCAAUGGACACAUCCUGACGAUAGAGGCGAAGGUUGUGCGCGAGUCACCAAAGAUAUUCGAGAUGAGGAAGACCCAGCUGUGUUUAUUCCUACGUUCGUAGUCCCCAAGUAUUGGCCCUAUGAUUACAUCAUAGCUUUGACGUAUAUUCUACUAAUACAUACUCACACCAAUAUUGAUACUAUAAUACCACUAUCAAUAAACGAAGUAUACUACAAAGUAUUUACUACGUUCAUUCUACAACUAUUAGAUAUCUACAUAAUGGCUCUCGCUAUAAAUGCCGCAUAUACUAAGUAUCGAGAACUGUAUCGGUAUAAUUUUUCUAUCAAAAAUAUGCUUAUUUAUUUGACUGACUCGGGACUAAGUAGAUCUUUGUCGGAUAAUGUUUGGGCUUAUACUGUGCAACUGUGGAAAAGACAGAAAGGUGAUAAGCUACCAGACCUAGCUUACCAGUGUCCCCCAUGUUUACGUCAAGAUCUGUUUUCUGCACUUUACAUACAUCACCUUGAUGCUACUCCAACAUUUCGCAUAUUGCCUGACUAUUUCAAAAAGCAACUGGCUGCGAGGUUGCAAAGAACGGUCAUAUUUCCUGGGAAAUGCAUUGUAAGAGAAGGAGAUACUUUCAACAUUACUUACUUCAUCCACGAGGGAGAAGUUGAAAAGUGGUACAUCGACAAAUCCGGUGAAAAUAAGCUAAUGUCAGUUCUAUAUACAAAUGGAUAUUUUGGCUGUAUGUCGGGUUUGUUCGUCAAUGUCGGAUUCCAUUUCACUUACUACUCGCGAACUGUGGUGGAUUUAGUUUAUUUAGAUCUAGAUAAAUGGCUAGAUUUAUUGACUUCCUACCCAGACAUAAAAGCUAAGCUUUAUGAAGCUACUAGAAAUAUGAAGAAAGAUCAUACCAAGAAAAAAUAA